GAAAGGACAGCUGGUUUCUAUCCAUCCAAGAGAACAACAGGCUUUGUUUUUGUUCACAAAAAGAGUUUUUAAUAAGAACUAAAUUUCAAUCAAAUAACUUGUUCCUAUGAUUUGAACGCUGAAAGGUAGCAAUCCACAGAUAUCUGGGACACAGACAUGAACAAGUCCAAUGCUCGAGCGAUCUCGGUAGCGGUUUUUUGGCUAACACUAGUUGUUCAAAUUCCAAAGUUUUGUGCCGAAGUCAACCAAACAGUUGCCCCGAGGACUCAAGCACCAACUUUAUCUGGGCUUAGAAGUUGCACCAAGAAUCAAAUGAAAUAUGUUUAUACUGAAUGUGAUGUGACUAAUGGAAGAUGGAAGGUUGGUGUGCCAUUAAAGCCAGAACUGUGCAGAAUGGAAAGACCCCCAAUACCUGAAAGAGGAACACAGUGCACUUUUAGUUGUCCAGAAGGUCAGUACUUGGAUAUACAGAGUCAAAAAUGCUUGAAAUGCAAACCAGGAACUUUUAGUUUAAGUGGGGGAAUCAGAUUCCGUUCUUGGCAGACAUUGCCUUCUGGUUUCUUAACAUGGGGUUCUGAUCCUGACAAUGAUGAAGUUUCGAGUAGAAGCCAAUCAAAAUGUAACAAGACAGUCUGGUCAGCUGAAGGAGACUUUAUAGAAUCUGCCGGAGAUUUUUGCAAAUCAGUUCUUGCUUAUUCUGUCACACUUGAAAAAGAUGGAAAUAUCAGUAUUGUUUACAGAUCAGACGAUGAAGAUGCACUUUUUCAUGUCAAGGUUGCGAAUGAUUUUUGCACUACGAGUCAUGGAGGCAAGCACAGAUUUAACCUUUACCCAGAAUUUCGCUGGAAAAGAACAUACGUUCCACUUCAACGAGGAAGGAAUGUCAUUUUUAUGGAAUCAUUCACAUUCGAGUCUGCAGAAUCGAAUCAUCACGAAGAGCGCUUUUCUGGAAGCGGAGGAGGGGUGAAAAACAACGUGCUAAGAACUGUUCAGAUUAAAGAAAUAAAGAUUACAGGCUUGUCAUACACCUCUGAAUGCACCAAUUGUGAACCAGGAACAUACAGUGGCGAAGGAGCCGCGUACUGUAAGAAGUGUGACGCAAACACAUUUUCCAAAGAAGGUGCUGAUUCUUGCACCAAAUGCGCAAGCAACGAGUAUUCAGCUCCUGGGUCAGUUAAAUGUUUGAAGAAGCCGAAAUGCUCGUCGAAAGAUUUCUAUGAAAUGUGGAGUGACUGUGACGCAAAGAGCAAGACACAAAGAACCUUUUUCUGGGUGAUUCCUAAGAUAUGCGAAGGGGGUAUAGCACUGCCGCCUCCCGCUGAGGAGAUGGACUGUCCGCCUUGUAACCCCGGACAGUUUAAAAAUGGCAGCCAGUGUGCCUUUUGCGGCCAAGGUCAAUACAGUGAUGGCAAAAGUGCUUGCAAAAAAUGUCCACCGUCUACCUCACCAGAUGUCGGGCUAUUCUUCAGAUGGUGGCGGAACCUACCUAAGAAUCUGUUCGAGUUUUUCUGCUUAUCGGAGAAAGAGAGAUCUUGCAAAUCAAGCACAGGUUGGCGACAAUUUAACACAUUCAUGGAUACAGGGGUUGGCCAUGCUGAUGACGCUGAAGUUGGCUUGAUGCUUCGAGUGCCUGGAUUCAAAAGUGCAACAUCUACCUUUGUAAUUGAAUUUGAAGUUCAAUGCAAGUCAUUUUGUACCUUCAUUAUCGAAAUGCGUCGACCAAUGCAAGGAAAGAUGACAAUCUUGACUAAACAUGGCAUGCAACCCAAAACAAAGUUCAUAUAUAAAAUCAAUGGCGAUGGGCCAGCAUCCUUCCGCAUGAAAUUCAUCAAAAACGAAGGUGAUCCUGAUGAUGAUUAUGAGUAUUCUCAAGACAGGUUUAUUUUAUAUGCGAUGAACGUGACAAAUUCUUUCAACGGUGGAGCGAGUCAGUGCAGCGAGUGCCCGCUUGGAGUCGGCAGCGAAGGCAAAGGUUGUGUCCAGUGUGGUGAAGGCAGCUAUUUGGAAAACAAAAAGUGUUUCAAAUGCCCAAAAGGCACGUACCUUGAUGCGAAGAACCCGUUUCAUUCAAAUGCAUGCAAGAAAUGUAGUCCAGGCACAAAGAGCUCCGAGGGAUCCUCGCAUUGCUACUCUGACUGCCAUGUUCAUUCGCCCGAUGGCCGCCAUUUUGAUUUUACUGCUCUCGGAGGGUACAUGCAGAGAAAAAAUUCAAAGAUGUUCACAAGCCACGGAUAUCCGUUUUACAGACUUUUUAAUGUCACAGUUUGUGGCAAGGAAGAUGCUGUAUCCACCUGUAUGAACAACUUCACCAAAGAAGAAAGCAAAGACCACUCUUCAAAAGCAAUCAAAGCUAUGAUAUGCAGAAGCACGGUUAUUCCGUCUCAUGAAAGAAAGGAAAACAUAAUCGCACAGUCUAUGAGCUUAGGGGAUUACUUGGAAAAGAUUACAUUUGGGAAUCCUUACAAGACGUCGAAUGAUGACAACCAGACGCGAUCUGCUGCUGCAGAAGAAAAGUCGCAUCGGACCCGAAGAGACGAAAACAUGAACCAUGAUGUUCUUCCAACCGAUGUUAACUUUUUCUUCAAAUCGCUCCAAUCUAGUGCUCGAUGCACAAAAGGCUACUCAACCAUCAUUACAAUGAGGUGUGACCAAACUGCGGUCGAUAGGGGCUACAUAGCACCUUCUCCUGGAUGUGUUACAGGAACAUGUGAUGGUUGUUUGUAUCAACUAUUCUGGCACUCAGUGCACGCAUGCCCGUUGUGUACAUAUUCCGAUUAUCAGAAUAUCACUUCAGCCUGCAUAAAGGGGAAAGUUACAAAACAUUACGUAUGGAACUAUCCAAAAAUGUGCAAGGAUGGUGUGGAGCUUCCUGAAUCAACAUCAAGAAACUGUUCUGUUUUAGAAAGAACAGUAUUAGAUUUAAAGAUAUUCAUAAUUGUUUUCAUUCUCAUGGUCUUCUUGUUGAUCCUUCUGAUAAUAGUACUGUUAAUUGCCGAACACCAGAGAAGGAUGGAUUUUGUUUCAUCUAGGCUGAAUUACAAGUACAGUCGGCUAAUAGACGAGGCUCAUUACAAAGAUGGGGAAUUACCAGCGUCAGAGAAAUGCACUCUAGAAGAAGGGGAAGAGGAAGACGAGGUAAUCCUGGCUCGUAGAUCAGGUGGCAAUGGCCGCCGAAUUCUGGAUCGUCUUAAGAAGAUUGGAAGUCCAAAGAACCGUAAUGAUUUUCCGGAGUUCGAGACGAUCAACUUGACCGAGCGAGUAAGAAACAAUUCGUCCGGUGACGAAAUUUAGACGUCGAUCAUCAAAUUCAAUGAUUUUAGAGGCUUGUAUGAAAAAGGCUCAGUAUCAGAUACAAAAGACUAUUAAUUUGAUAACAACUGAAUCAGUUUGAGAAUCAUCUGAUGGAUAACAUUUGAUGACGUUCGUUGCAAAAAAUUAUUAAUCCGUCAUCUUUUUCAAUCAAGUAACAGAUAACAUUUCAAUUCAAAUCUUAGAAUUUGUAUUCUCAAAGACAUAUAGUCGUUUAGAUUUCUUCGAUAUUUCGAGGUUGGUUUUUUGGGUUAUAUUGUGUAAGCGGUAGCAUGUUAUUUUUUCUUAAGGUAUAACUCGCAUAAUUUCACUAUUUAACAUUAAAUGGUUAAUAUCUCUUUCAUUAAUUUCAUCAGUUAUCUUUUCAAUUAGCUUUUUAAUUGACCGUUUAUUUUGCUUGUAAUUCAUCUUGGGGUUUAUUCUACUAUUGGUACUAAAAAGUUUAAUGCUAAAAAAGUAAAACAAUUGUACUUGUUGUUUUUAUGAUGCAGUUAUAUUAGAGCUACAUUUUUGCACCGUGAUAGUUAAAUCUUCUUCGUCUAUUAUAUAGAAAGAUAGCAUAAGUUUUUGUAGAUGGCUUUAAAGACUGAGUCGAAAGAAGGUUAGCAACAAUUAUCUGGCCUAAAACGCUUCAACACUGCCACAAAUAUUAUAAAUUUUGUUGCAAAAUAUCCAUCACUUUUGUCAACACUAUUAGCAAGCCAGUAACGGGAUUUUCGAACAAGCCUGUCAGGUUUGCCAAUUCUUUUGCUGUACUGUGAGCACUGCAGUUAUGACCAUCAUUCUAAUACAGUUGUUGCCUAAGUGUAAAUUAAAUUAAUUUUCUAAGACUGUGAUCAUGAUCCACUAGAAGGAAGACAAAGGUAUAACAACAACCUUAAAGUGACCCAAUCCAUUUUCAGUAAGAUAAAAACUUGUGGCACAAUAAAAUGACAAAUUUUCAAAUAAGAUAGCUAUCGCAGUAAUAUUAAAAGUUCGCAAUGUUUUCUGGAGAAAACAGAAUCUUUAUGCUAUGGUAACAGCAUAGUAAAGUUGUCCUCUUGUCCGAUAUAUCACUUCCAGACUGCUUACGAUGUAAGAUCCAGUUCGGUGAGGCUGUUUUUUGCUAAUUCGUUCAACACGAUGAAGAGAACACGGCCUGAUGGGAUGAUGUUUUUCUUGUGUUGUCGAAAUCCAGCCAGCGAUCUGCGGUCAGUUAGCCUAGGCAUCAGCUCGACUCCAUAGCUGUGCACCACGCCAAGGAAACCGUAAACCCAGUCGGUUGAAUCUCCAGCAGUCUCAU